CACACACACACACAAAACGCCCCUUUAUGUAAACAUAUAAAACUUAAAACAAUAAUCAGAACAAUCACGAAAGUGCCGCUUGUAGUAAGAGAACAAACAAAUCGUCGACAGCACCAUGCUACAAAACAGUGCCUUCGGGACACCGAUGCUGGACGGCAAACCGGUACUGCCUGAGAUUUACUCCCAUCAUCAAACAGUGGACAAACUGGACAUCGUCGCAGAACCUCAACAGCUCACGAUCUACAACAACAAUAAUGCGGACAUAGCCUAUCGCAACAGCAGCAGUAUCCUCGCACCUCCAAGAUAUGCCGUCGAGAGAUCAACUCCAACCGUCGAACACGAUGGCUGGUAUGGCCGUCUGUUGGACCAUACAAACUACACACGGCACACGCCGGAACCAGCAGCGCACGAUGUUCAACCAUUAAAGACUGAGAACAAUACAUCACAGCGCAACGACGAGAUUACUCCGAAUGCUGCCGAUGGUGAGGAGGUGCUUAUUGGAACGUGCCAGCAGCACAUGGUGCCACACGCCCAAACGCCGGCCGAGGAAGUCACACAACCGCAAGACAACAUCGCGGCUACUGUGGCGUGCAGACCGAAGAAGAAGGCAGGACAGCGGCGGCCAAUGAAUGCGUUCAUCCUUUUUUGUAAACGGCAUUGGUCAGUGUUGAAGGAGCACUACCCGGAGGAAAACAGGGAAACCACAAAAAAGCUUGGCAAAUGGUGGAAAAAUGCAACAGCGAAACAGAAAAAACCCUACCAGCUGCUGGCGGAAAAGAACAAAACUAAGUUUCUGGACGUUAAUCCAGGAUUCCGGUGGUGCAAAAGUUCCACCAUGGCGUCGUGUGACAAAAACGUUGAUGACGAACCAGUUUUGAGUGAAGUAAAGACUGAGCCAAUGGAGACCGAACCGGAGGCAACCCUAUCGCCUGAUCUAUUGGAGGCGGCCCAAGCUUUGUUGAGCUUGCGUGGAAGCGUCGAGGAUCGCCGUCCGCUCACUACGUUCAAGCUGGCGGAUGAUUCGGACAUGGAAAGCUUAAACAAACUUUGCGUCGAAACGCGCCAGUGCGGUGAUAGAGCAGAUGCGGGACAGCCUUGGAAGCCACGAUACAACCGAGUUUCCGAAUCAGAUCAAUGUUCCACUGGUGUUGGUAAUGUCCCGGAUCAGGUUAAUGAUGGUACCGAAAGCACAACUCGUGCUGCUAGGUCUUGUAAGGCCAAGCGGUACUAUGACUUUAUGAGUCAUAUGUACCCGAGUGUGCAGGCCAAACGUGCCACUAGCUCGAAGAAAACGCAGAAGGCGCACAAUGAUUGUACCAGUCGGAAUCGCGAGUCAAACACGGGAUGUCUAGUGGAACCCACAGAUAAAGAAGCAUUGAACAAAAACCUGGAACAGGAACUAGACAAAGAGCUUAUGAACAUACCCGCGCUUAGUAUCGAUCUUUUCCGUGCCAUUCAGAACAACGAAAAAAGAACAAAUCUUCCCUGCCAUCUAGCGUCUGGCUCGAAAGCCACAACAAAGAUUUUCAUGCGGCCAUCGUCUCCGGAAGCUACUAAAUGUACAUGCACAUCGAUACAUGUACAAUGUACAUCGAUUAGUACAACCGACUAUACAAGCCACCAAUCCCGUCGGUUGCCGGAAGCGGAAGCAACCGCGAGAAAGAAUAAUCCGGUAUGUCCUACCCAGGACUGA